AUGGCCGCUGGGAGUUUGAUGGCAUUAUUCGAGAAGAGCCAAGUGUUUGGGGCCGUUCAGGCUGACGAAUGUCAGUUGUCGCUCUCGGAUCAAAAGCACAACGAAACGCCGGAUUCCGGUCUUGUCUACCUUUUGCAUACCCGGUUGUCGUUAUUGCAUAUUGGCUCUUUUUCCUUGAUCAUUAGGCUGACCUUUAGCUGGAGUCCACAUCUGGCCGUUUCGGUUCAUUUCCUCUUACGCAACAUGUUUCAAGGCAUUACGAAGGUAGUGGUGGGGGUACGGUUGGCCACAAAUGUGCAUGAAUCACAUGGAUUCUCGGAAAACAACGCCCUCAGGUGUUGGUUGCCGCGAAUAUUAUGUUUUGCACAUUUUACUAUAAUUUUGUGGCCGGAGGCUCGUUUGGUCACUUAAUGCCUUUUGCAUAAGAUUCCGACCACGCAACUCGCAUAUUCGAAUUUGCGGGUCUUAAUACGCUUUUCGUUGUUUUGUUCGUGGAAUGGAUAACAACCCCAAUUAGCUAUCUAGCCGAUUUGUUUCAGUCUCUCCAAAAUUUGCAUGAGAGGCCAAACGCUUCUCAAGUUGGUGCCCCUGGCAUUCGUUUUGUUGAUACUCUGCCACGCCGAGAGUACGGAGAAGGAGCCGGUUGGCCAGAACCUGAUCAUUUUGCUGAUCGAUGGAUACGGUGCCAGUUUGUUCAACAAAACCGACUCGAAACUGCAAAAUGGAGCACAAACUUUGAUCAAGAAUGGCGUUCAAGCAGAGUACUUGAAGCCAGUGUUUCCGUCACAAAGCUAUCCAAAUUGGUUCAGUUUAAAUACAGGUAUGCUUUCCUACUGUAUGUUCGUAUUUAUAGGUAUUAUAAUGUAACUUUGGUAAGCAAAAUUUAUUAUUUUGUAGGAUUAUAUGUUGAAAACCACAACUUCACUGCCGACUUUAUGUACGAUCCAAAACGAGACGUGUACUUCCAAAGAGAUGAAGGACCAAAUGACACUGACUACCAAUGGUGGACAGGAGGACCAGACCCGAUCUGGUACACGGCUGGCAAGAAGCACGUUGACGUUCACUGCUAUUGGUACGCCAAUUGUCACGUAAGUUCAAUUUUCCUUAAAUUGACCUGAUAAUUUGAAGAGACCACAUGGUGACAUGAUGGUACAAGUACCAAAAACACGUCAACACAGCUUCAAAAGUGAAAAGAACUACGACUUGUUCGCUUACUUGCCAAGAAUCAUGAAACAUAUCAAGAAGUACCAAGUGUACCGUCAACAGUUGGUGCUAUUAAGGUACAAUGGUCUCGCAAAAGCUUUGAGACUUUUCGGAGAUGACAGUGAUGCUGGGCGACAAGCUUUGGCCAGUACCGAUGCCCAGAUCAGAAAGAUUCAGGUAAGAAUUGUCAUUUUUGUAGAAUCAUAUGACCAUAAAAAGCAAAGUAAUGACACGUGUAAUUUAUUACCUUCACAUAAAUUACAGGAAGAAAUGGAGAGCUACGAGUUGUUAGACUCUACCAACUUGAUCGUUCUUUCUGAUCACGGUUUGAAGAAGAUCAGUGAAGAUCACCAGUUCUUCCUCGAGGAAUGUCUUGCGGACAUCACCAAGAUCAAAAGGGUCGUCAACAACCUCGCCUUCACCUUCGUCUACCCGGAACCCGAGGCUGAAGAUACAGUAUACUUUGAGUUGAGGGUAUGCGAUCAAUGGGCGGCCAUGGGCGAUUACGACGACGAAGAAGAGCCAUCUGUAGCAGUCUACCGUAAAAACGAGAUACCAGACAAAUAUCAUUGGAAGGAUUCCCGAUUUAUCGCUCCGAUUGUUCUCGUAGCCAAGCCUGGUGCCGUUAUCUUAACGGUAGGAGCAUAAAAACAUAGUUUUAUGUAAAGUAAUGUAAACGUAUAAACAAUAAAAAAUUGGAAAAAUGUUUAACAACAAAUACUUUUAUUAAAGUUGUUAUAAUUUGUUUGUUUUCAGACACAAAUUCCAUCUACCGACGUCAGCGAAGCCCAAGGCCGAGAGCUGAGAAUGAUCGGCGGCUGGGACAAUGAAGAACAAGAUUUAAGUGGCAUUUUUAUGGCCAGGGGACCAGGUAAACAAAUUACAAUUAAUCACUAUUGCAUCUAUAUAUAACACGCAUUCUUGGCGUUUGAUCAAGCUUAGAAGCUUUUAUUAUUAAAGAAGUGUUAUAACAAUCAAUUUAAAAUAUUUCAGCCUUCAAAACCGACUUCAAAGCAGGACCAAUUGACCUAGUGGACGUGUACCAACUAGCCUUGAAUAUUAUUGGUGUUGAAGCUAGCCACCCUCACAACGGCACGUGGGAGAACGUGGAAGAGCUUCUGGCCGACGGUUGGGAAGAUCGACAGGUCGAACCCGACAGUGCCGUUAGCCUACUGCCUUGUACGUCACUGUUCGUGAUGACACUGCUGAGUUUAUGGCAUUUUUGA